AUGUUUUUUAACGGACCUAAUAACGAUCCUGUGCUUUGCAGAGCUUUCCCUACUUAUCUAGACGGGGCUGCCCUACUUUGGUUUUCGAAAUUGUCUGCAGGAUCAAUCGCUUCCUUCGAAGAUCUGGCUAGGUCUUUCAUCGAUUACUUUGCAGCAACUCGGAUCUAUGUACAUGGAUCAGACUAUCUCAGCACCAUCAGCCAAGGCCCACAGGAAAGCUUAAAAGAUUAUAUGACCAGGUUCACAGAUGCCACCAUGGAAAUACCUGACCUAAACCCUGCCGUCCACCUACAUGCCCUCAAAGCCGGACUCAGGCCCAGAAAAUUCAGAGAAAUAAUCGCGGUUACCAAGCCAAAAAUACUGGACGAAUUCCGGGAAAGGGCAGCAGGACAAAUGGAGAUCGAAGAACUCCGAGAGGCCGACAAAACCGAAAGGAGACCAAGAAAAGAGGACGACAGACCCUCCAGAUCAGCGAACACUAGAGACAUCGGCAAACCAUUCAAGCUCACCCCAAAAUUUGAUAACUACACCAGAAUCAAUACGAAGAGAGAAAAGAUAAUCAAAGAAAUACUCAAUGCCAAGAUUAUAAAGCCACCAACCAGAGCGGGAAGCUACCAAGAUCAGCGAUUCGUCGACAAAAGCAAGCACUGUGCCUUCCACCAGAAAUAUGGUCAUACAACCGACGAGUGCGUGAUAGCCAAAGAUCUCUUGGAAAGAUUAGCACGGCAGGGCCUCUUGGACAAGUACAUCGAGGGGCGAAAACACAGGGAAAGCAACAAAGAAGAACGUCAUCAAACCUCGGCCAGCAAAGAUACCAACAAAUGGCUGAACAACAACCCACCUAAGGGGGUUAUAAACUGCAUAUCUGGAGGAUUCGCAGGAGGCGGCAAAACAAAUUCAGCACGGAAACGGAGUUACCGUGCAAUGCUAGCAAUCGAAGGAACAACACCGCCAAACAACAAAGAUAUGCAGGACCUAGAAAUCACUUUUAACCAAGCUGAUAUAUGCUCGGCGCCCCUCACACAGACGACCCGGUAG